UUGUCUCUCUCUCGUGGGGUAUGAUGAGUAGGAGGCGGGGUUUGAAUAUUAAUAUAUCUCCUUCUCUCUCUUCUUAGUUGCAACCUUUUUUUUCCUCAUCACUCAUGAGCAUUACACACAGAGGCUCUGCAAUUGUUUGCAACAAUGGCGACGACCACCACUCCUCUCUAUUUUGCCUCUUCAAUUCCAAAACAAAGCUACUCUACAAAUCCACACACCGUUUCUUCUCUCUCUUCUCGCAUCUCCAUCGCCAAACGAUUGUCUCUCUCUGUCCGAUCACCGCCGCAACCGGCGGCGGCGGUAGUGGUGGCUGAAAGCGCAAGUGCAGUUGUGGAAGUUGAGCCGAAGAAGACCGCUGCUACUCCGUCCAAUUCUCUGCCUUUCCGAGUCAGGUAUGGCUUCGAUCUCCACAGAUUGGAACCUAGAUACCCUCUCAUCAUCGGCGGCAUCGAUAUCCCCCACGAUAGAGGCUGCGAAGCUUACUCUGAUGGUGAUGUGUUGCUUCACUGUGUUGUUGAUGCAAUCUUGGGUGCUUUAUUGGGCAGAAGCUUUGAUGACACUGAGCCAUACGUUGCAAAUAAUAAGCAAACAGGUGGAAGUAGAGAAUCUUACUACUGCAGCAAAUUAUGUGAGGAGGCUAAUUGGGACUUGUUUCAUUCUCUACUCUGUACGGGGGCAAGAUCAAAAUCAUUAAAUAAGGAGGCACUUCUAAAAUUUAUACAACAUGCUAAUGAAACAAAUGACAUUUUCCUCCUAGCUGCCAAGGUGGUUUCGUUCACCAUUUUAAAGUCUAAGAAAUCAAAAGCAGCUAAUCUUGAAAAGGAAGGGAAGUGCACUACUGACAGCUGUAAUCUUUCUCUGCUUUUGGAGGCAUGGAAAUCGAUAUCAACAGGAUACAAGAGAAGGUGGUGGGAGUGCAUUGCUUUACCAAAUGAUGUUAAUUGUCACAAAGAAACUGCAUUUAGGAUGCAAAUAAAGGAGAUGGCAUUCAUGUCAAAGUGAAGAGUUUGGUGAGAGUAACAUUUUGAUCGAUGGAGAUCAAAAUCUGGCAAAAUCGAAAAUUUGGAUUUUUGUUUGUUUCCUCUUCAAGCUUGAGGUAGGGAUUUUCUACACUCUAAUAUGAUUUUGAGCUUAGUUAUUUGCUAUUGUGUAUAGAUGAUGAGAUUUGGUUAUGGUUUGAAUAAAUCUAG